CUAGUUUAGCUUCCGUUUAUGGAUGAAGGUCAACCUAUGACGUUUUGUCUCAUCCCUAUCAGUGACGUUGUAUCGCCGCUUGUCGCUCUAAAAUAGCCACCACACGCAGUUAACUCUCCCAGUCGUUUUUCGACGUUUGGCAUACACAGACAUCUUUUCAAAGAGUGCACACAUUCCCGAUUCGGAGCGUCACCCAAAAUGGACUCGGAGAGUUACGGAGAAGAAUUAAUAUGGAAGGCUAAGGCUGUGGCUGCCAUUUGCCCUCUUUCCUGCCUGUUUUUUACCGCCGUCAAUAUUUUAGUGAAGUCACAUUUUACACCACAAAAAUGUGCCACCUUUCCUGGCCGAUGGCGUAUGUUUGUAACUUCGUGGGUCCAUGCUGUUAUUUGUGCCGUAGCCGCCUUAACUAUUAUUUUGACAGAGGAGGAGUGGAUGGGGGACUCCGAUCGCGGUUUUUAUCUUCAUCUCAUGUCCUCAGGGUAUUUCAUCUACGAUACUGUCUUCAAAUAUACAAGCUCUGAGAAGUUAGGAAGUUUCGAAAUGUACGCUCACCAUAUACUGUCCAUCUUCUUCAUCACGGUGUCCCAGUUCCCCCCUUGCGGAAGAAUAAGUACCUACUCCCCCUGGGACUACUUGUGUGAGGUGGCAAACGUGUUCCUACACGGAAGGAAAAUAAUUGUGAUGCUGGGUCUCAGAGAAUCGGUCUUAUACAAAUGGCUGACUGUUUUAUUUUUCGCAUCAUUCACCGUGUUUCGCUUCAUCCCACAAAUCCUUGUGUUUGUAAUGAUGAACGUGGAUUACUGGAGUACCAGUCGGCUGUCGCUGUUCUGUUAUUUGAUUGCCAUCCCCCAGCAGUUGUUGUUGGUCGUAAUCGGGACACAUGUCGCUUAUAACAUCAUUAGGCGAUCUGCUCUUUACGCACGGAAGGUGGCGCCACAUGACAAUUCCGAAAAAAAAAUGCACAAAACGGCACAAAAACGGAAUCAGUAA